CAGGCGAUGACGCGGCACGCUUUGCGUCUCUUGUCACUGGCGUUUGGCGCUGGCGGGAAAUAAACAUGGAGGUGGACAUGGAAGACGCUCCCAGCGGGCAGCCAGGGGUUAAAGAGCAGCCAGCCCCGGGCAGCAAAGGACCCGCCGGCACCUAUGAGCUGCCCUGGUGAGACCGGGGGAUAAAGCGUGCGGGCUUUACUGUCACUCUCUGCCUGAGAGAGCCGAGCGGCUCUGCUGCGGACUGCACUUCCCAUGGAGCUCAGCCAGCGUGGCGGCUGCAAGGCUGGGAGUCAUAGGACGGGCAGUCCAAGGCAAUGGCCGGGCCACACGGUGUCUGCCAGGCUGGGAGUUAGUGUGGCUGUAUGCUGACAUUCCCUGCAUGGCUCAUUCAUUACACACACACACAGAGAGUAGCAUUGAUUGGACAGGGAACUGCAAUAUACACGGGCUGGGGUCAUUCUUCCACUCGGCUUGCAUAGUCCCAAAUGUACUGUUCAGGCUUUGUAUUCAGUGCAAGUUUGUAUUUAUUGAAUGCAGACCCACAGUAACCAAGAGAGAGAACUGAAAUGUCUAAGUCGAGCAGAAUUUGAGUUAUUUCCCUUGUUCAGGGGUUGUAGAUCUAAAAAUAGGGACAUAGGUGGUGGUAGUCCAAUCUACUAAAACAAUUUAAAAGUAAAAAGUGUAUUAAGAUACCUCCAUGAGGUGUGAGUAUGCAGCUUCUGCAUGUGUAAAGGUUGGCAUGUAAUUCUAAAAAUGUAACCCAAUGUGGGUCAAUGUGCACGUGCUCAAAGCCUGAGUGUUGUGUAUGUGUGUGUACACAUAAGGGGACACCAUAGUCACUAGAAUCACUACAGCUUAAUGAAGUGGUUCUGGUGUCUAUAACCUGUCCCUGCAUGCUUUAUAUUGCUGCAUAGUAGCACCUCUAGUGAGUUACUCUGGCUGCCACUAGAGGUUCUUCCUGGGUCAGUGCUGCUCAUUCCCUGUAGAGGUGCAUUGAUUCAAUGCAUCUCUGUGAAAAGUUGCUGAUUAUCCACAGUACUUUUCUAAUAACCCAGGCAGAAAGUCCAGAGAAUUUAAUUUGCUAGCACUAUAUUUAACCCUGUAGCUUUAAAAAGACACCAUAAAACCUGUACAUGGGGGUACCGUUUUACUUGGGAGACUUCACUGAACACAAAUAUUAGUGUUUUCAAAAUAGUAAAAUGUAUUACAACGAUGAUAUCAUAAGUGAAAGUGAAGUUUGUUCGCACUUUUUACACACAAACGGCACUUACACUGACGAUAUUGUUGUGCUAUGUUUUACGGUUUUGAUACACUAAUAUUUGUGUUCAGCGAAGUCUCCUGGAUAUAACAGUACCCCUCAUGUACAGGUUUUAUGGUGUUUUCAAACGUUAGUCAAAUAUAAGGCUUGUGUUUCAGUUUUUUUCACAUUGAAAUUAGCCAGAUUGGUUACGUUGCCUUUGACACCAUAUGGUAGCCCAGGAAUGAGAAUUACACUCAUGAUAGCAUACCAUUUGCAAUGGUAGACAACCCAAGGUAUUGCAAAUGGGGUAUGUCCAGUAUUUUUUAGUAGUCACUUAGUCACAAACACUUGCCAAAAUUGACAUUCAAAUUAGUUUUUUGCAUUUUUCACACACACACAAAAAUAUCAACGCUAACUUUGGCCAGUGUUUGUGACUAAGUGGCUACGAAAAAAGACUGGACAUACCCCAUUUGCAAUACUUGCAAUGUCUACUAUUACAAAUGGUAGGGAUCGACCGAUUAUCGGUCUGGCCGAUAUUCAGUUUUUCUGCAAUAUCGGUAUUGGUCGAUAAUGCAGACCGGGGCCAACAUUAGGGUCCUGGGGGGCCCAGCACACUCUUACUUACUUUCCCAGCAGCUGCCUUGUGUGAGUCCCGUGGCCGCCAGAGUGUUGCCACGGGUUACCAUGGCAACACUCCGCGCGGCACACUGGCUGUGGGAGUUAGACCGGAGAGCUGCUGGGAAGGUAAGUAAGAGUGUGCUGGGCCCCCUCUGCACAGUCCAAGCCACCUGACCCCCAGAGAAUGCCAUAUCCCACCUCCCUGACCAGAUAAGAAGCAGGGAGAGGGUACUAAAACAUCACUUAAAAAAAAUUAAAUAUUAAGAAAAAAGUUAAGUUAAGAAAAAAAUAAUAAUGCCCCCUCCCCCCUUUUACACACUUAACAUACCUACACAAACACUCACUGCACAAACACACACACUCUGCAUUCAUUAUAUACAAACACACUACAUAAACACACACUGCAUUCACUAAUCAAAUACUCUCACUGCAUCCACUACACACACAUUCUUGAAAACAUAAAAAAUUCUGACUGGCAUGUAUAUUUUGUGCAUUCACCUUAAAGGAACACUCUAGGCACCCAGACCACUUCAGCUUUAUGAAGUGGUCUGGGUGCCAGGUACCUCUAGGAUUAACCCUUUUUUUUUAUAAACAUAGUUUCAGAGAAACUGCUAUGUUUAUACUGAGGGUUAAUCCAGCCUCCAGAGCCUCUAGUGGCUGUCUCAUUGACAGCCGCUAGAGGCGCUUGCGUGCUUCUCACUGUGAAAAUCACAGUGAGAGCACGCAAGCGUCCAUAGGAAAGCAUUGUAAAUGCUUUCCUAUGCGACCGGCUGAAUGCGCGCGCGGCUCCUGUCGCGCAUGCGCAUUCAGCCGAUGACGUCGCGAGCAAGGAGGAGUACAGCUCCCCGCCCGGCGCUGGAGAAAGGUAACUGUUUAACCCCUUCCUCUCCCCAGAGCCGGGCGGGUGGGGGCACCCUCAGGGCACUAUAGUGCCAGGAAAACAAGUAUGUUUUCCUGGCACUAUAGUGGUCCUUUAAUAAAAAAUUUUUUGCUAAAUAAAUAAAAUAUGUUCCGUUAACAGUAGAUUUGUGUAGAAAUAGUUUAUUUUUUAAAAUGGUAAGUUAUCGGCUUUCGGACUGAAAGUUCACAGAUUAUCUGCAUCGGCUCUAAAAAAAAUCAAUAUCGGUUGAUCCCUAGCAAAUGGUAUGCCAUCAUGGGGGUAAUUCUCAUUCCUGGGCUACUAUACUGUCUCAAAGGCAACGUAACCAAUCUGGCGAAUUUCAAUGUGAAAAAUAGGGGGUACUGUUUUACUCUGGAGACUUCGCUGAACUCAAAUAUUAGUGUUUCAAACUGGUAAAUUUUAUUACAACGAUAAUAUUUUAAGUAAAAGUGAAGUUUUUUUGCAUUUUUUACAAACGAACGGCACUUUUAUGGACUAUAUUGUUGUAAUAUGUUUUACUGUUUUAAAACACUAAUAUGUGUUUAGUGAAGUCUCCCGAGAAUAACAGUACCCCCCAUGUACAGGUUUUAUGGUGUUUUGGAAAGUUAGAAAGUCACAUAUAAGGCUUGCAUUUCAUUUUUUUGACAUUGAAAUUUGCCAGAUUGGUUAUGUUCCCUUUGAGAGCGUAUGGUAGCCCAGGAAUGAGAACUACCUCCAUGAUCGCAUACUAUUUGCAAAAGUAGACAACCCAAGGUAUUGCAAGUGGGGGGGGGGUAUGUCCAGUCUUUCUUAGUAGCCACUUAGUCACAAACACUGGCCAAAUAUUAGUUUUUUGCUUUUUUUCACACAAAAACAAAUAUGAACGUUAACUUUGGCCAGUGUUUGUGACUAAGUGGCUACUAAAAAAGUCUAAACAUACCACAAUUUCAAUACCUUGGGUUGUCUACUUUUUCAAAUGGUAUGCCAUUAUGGGGGUAAUUCUCAUUCCUGGGUUACCACAACCUCUCAAAGAUAACAUUACUAAUCUGGCAAAUUUCAAUUUGAAAAUGGAACGUUCUAUAUUUGACCCUGUUACUUUCCAAAACACCAUAAAACCUGUUAAUGGGGGGUACUGUUGUACUCAUGAGACAUUGCUGAUUACAAAUAUGUGCAUUUUUUGCAGUAAAACCUAACAGUAUUAUGACAUUCACAGCUAAAAUGUCAGACGGAAAUACAAAUUUAAAAAAAAUCUUAUUUUCUCACAUUUUUUUUACAUUUUAUUCAUAAUAAAUUAUGUUCCAUAUAUAAAUAGUUAAUGAUAAAUUAAAGCCCUGUUUCUCCUGAACGAAAUGAUAGAUAAUAAGUGUGGGUGCACUUAAUGUGACAGCGGUGAAUUACGGUUGAACAGACAUAUAGCGCAAAUUCCAGGUUUUGUUUUGAUCAGAACGUGCACUAUUGACUCCGUCCUGAAGGGGUUAAUACGGUGCAUGCGUCCUCAUCAGUGUAAACACUGAAUUGUCUGCAAUCUAAUGCUGUCAAGUCAUGAUCAUGGGCAGGGCUGGCGCAAUAAUGUUUCUUUAAUAGUAGCAGUUUCAUCAACACCAUAAAGCCAAUUGCUGCAGUUUAUAUGAUGUAUGAAAAGGAGGUGUCUAAAGACUCAAUUGCACCAGGGAAAUGAAGGAGGUAGUAUUUUGGUUCCCAAGAGCAAAGAUACUUGAGGAUUAUGACUUUUCAGGAUCCUGUGGCAUUAAAAAUUAUAAUUUAUUUCUGGGCAGAUUCAAAAUAAAUGAUUGUCAGAACACUUACUUUCUAUAGAUGUACUGACCAUUUACAUGCAUGGAAUAUCAGUGGUCUCCUAAUGCAAAUUUACUAUGAUGGCUUGUUUAGCACAGAACCUAAACUGGGCCAGCGUUAAGGGCUAUAAGGCAUAUUACUGUAAAUACAUGGAAGCAGUUCAUAAUUUAUUUUGUGGAGAUGUUUAGAACUUGACAUUAGUUUGUUUUUGUACAGGGUGGAGAAAUACAGACCUUUGAAGUUAAAUGAAAUAGUUGGAAAUGAAGAAACUGUCAGUCGGUUAGAGGUGAUUGUUUUAUAUUGUACUUUGAAGGCAUAAGGGGAAUGUCAAGGUGACAAUGUUAAUGUUUUGCAUAGUUAAUGCAUAAAAUAAAAAAGAGAAUUAUGUUGAAAAUGACACUUUGUGCUCUGCUUAGUGAGACAGUCUGUAGCAUAUACCUCCCACAUCAGGCUGAUAUACUUCUAAGGGGCUUCUUAUUCUGGCAUUUAGGGUAUGAUCUUAUCCAUUAAACUGUGUGUCCACAAACAUUUUUCCAUGUGAGAACCGGAUGCCUUUUCUGUAAAUGGAUGGAGGGCCCCUUUCAACUAUAUAGCUAAAGAAUUAAAAAUAUAAUAUCUGUAGAUAGCUCGCUAAUUUGGUAUCCUUCGCUAUCCGAUGAAUGCCUAUUUGUAAAGUUGGGGUCCAGUGGAUGCCAACCACUGCCUUAAACCAUUGUCCAGCAGGAGUUUAUAGUAUCAGUAGUUUACCCCCAGUCCCAAUCCUCAAAUGAUGAUAGGAUCUGUAUUCUAACUGAUAGCAGCCAUACUUCAAAUUAUUUCACUGUACACACUGCCUGGUUCCCCGGGGUGAAAAGAGAUAUAUUUCCCCAUUGUAGGUACAUUCACAAUAUGGACAAAACUGACAUAAGGCAACCCAUACCUAAUAGUUAUUUAUUAAAGGGAGAAUUGUAAGCAAUUCAUAAUGAAAUCUGACCAAGUUUAUAGUACAUUUAUAAACGUUUAUUACAUACUUUUCUAAGUUUUCCUAUUUUUGUUUGCAUAUUUGUUUAAAAGUGUUUGCUUGCUGGUUUAAAAACAUAAUUGUGUUAUGCAUAUCCCUUUAAUAACUUUGUAUAUAUUUUUCUAUUAGGUAUUUGCAAGGGAAGGAAAUGUUCCAAACAUCAUAAUUGCAGUAAGUCUUUGCACCUGGAACUUGUAAACUGGUUAAUACUGAUAACUAAAUAAAGAACAAAAUUAAGCCCUGCGCUCAAACUAUCACUACUCCUGGGCUGCAGCAAUGACUAUAGUACACAUCAGCCUUAAUACUUAUAAUAAAAGCCAAAUAAAAAAGUUACUUGCGCAUUACAAAAAAAAAAAAACCUUCCAGUUAUUUAAAUAUGCAUAGGGAUUUGGGAUAGUGUGCAAGCAACUUUUUUGUUGACAACUCAAUAUAUCUAACAACUUUAUAUGUACAUACAACAUGUAUGUUUAAAUUUGCAGAGUGAAGAUUUAGGAAACACUAGUUUGCAGGGUUAAUUUCUAAAAUUAGAAUUUAAAGUGAAUUUCUAAAUUAGUGACAGUAUAGUAGAAUUGAAAGCAUAGUUGAGAAAAUGUUUCGAGUUCUGCUGUUUUGACCUUAAAUUUGAAAUUUACUUUGAAUUCUCACUUAGAUGAAUAACACUUCUAGGUAUUGCAUGCCAGCUGCUGAGAUCAGGAUAGUAUGAAAUGCAAUGACCGGAAACUGUUUUUACAUUUACAGGGUCCUCCUGGAACUGGCAAGACCACAAGUAUAUUGUGUUUGGCCCGUGCACUCCUGGGAUCAGCACUAAAAGAUGCAGUGCUAGAGCUCAAUGCUUCAAAUGAUCGGUAUGGGGUAACAUUUAUCUUUGAUACCCUUUUUUUGAAGUGUACUUACAGUAGAAAUGCAUUCCUUGUUCACUUGUAGCUUGAGUAGGAAAUGCCCAAGUUGUGGGCUAAAAGUGGCCCUGUGGGAUUGAUUUUACUGAUGUAUUCUGUGUAAAUUUGAUGGACAACUGUAAGAACCUUUUUCACUUCAAGCGCCGCCUAUUGUCAAGUUUUGUAAGUUUGACUUCUACACAUUUCCUUUCAAAAUUACUUGAUUUUCUUUUCAGGCUGUAAACUUUUGAAACUGGUUGUGUACUAGGAAUGUGUGUGUAAAUAUUUAUGUGGAAGGAAACUUUUUAAAUGGGUAUGAAAGGGACACUCCACUGCCCAAUUACAAAAUAGCAAAUUCCUAUUUAGUAAAUAUCAUUGGGAUUGCAAAAGCUGCAUAUAUCUUGUCUGCUGCCUUUGCAAGCCCCUUCAUCCCCAGACCAGACUUUCUGUGACUGUCCAAUCACAGAUUUUCCAAUGCAGCCCAAUGAGAAGACUUUUUAAGGCAGUUGUUGUGAGCAAUUGCAUGCCUCUUAAGUUUAGCCCUACUGAGCUAACCAAACAAGAAAGUAACAGGACCAAUUGUCCUUGACAGCCUGAGGGGUCAAACAAGUACCAAUUUCUAUUGAAAUCUGCACUUUUUGUAAAAUGAGAAAGACACACAGAUACAGCACUUCAUAGUUACAUAGCUGAAAAGAGACUUGCGUCCAUCAAGUUCAGCCUUCCUCACAUAUGUUUUUGCUGUUGAUCCAAAAGAAGGCAAAAAAACCCAGUCUGAAGCGCUUCCAAUUUUGCAACAAACUAGGAAAAAAUUCCUUCUUGACCCGAAAUAGCAGUCAGAUGUCUCCUUGGAUCAAGCAGCUAUUACCCCACUAAUUAGAAAUUAUAUCCCUGUAUGUUAUGUUUUUGCAAGUAUUUAUCCAAUUGCAAUUUAAACAUCUGUAUAGACUCUGACAAAACAACCUCUUCAGGCAGAGAAUUCCAUAUCCUUAUUGCUCUUACUGUAAAAAAACCUUUUCUUAGCCUUCGAUGAAAUCUCCUUUCUUCCAGCCUAAAUGUGUGACCUUGUGUCCUAUGUAUAGCCCUGUUUAUGAAUAGAUUUCCAGAUAAUGGUUUGUACUGGCCCUGAAUAUAUUUGUAUAAUGUUAUAUCCCCUCUCAGGUGCCGUUUUUCCAAACUUAAAGAGAUUUAAUUUUUUUAACCUUUCUUCAUAACUAAAAUGCUCCAUUCCUUUUAUCAAUUUUGUAGCUCGUCUCUGCACUUUUUCUAGUGCCAUGAUAUCUUUCUUUAGAACAGGUGCCCAAAAUUGCACAGCAUAUUCAAGAUGUGGUCUUACCAGCGAUUUAUAAAGAGGAAAAAUUGUUUUCAUAUCGAGAAUUUAUGCCCCUAUUUAUACAUGACAAAACCUUACUGGCCUUAGCAACGGAAGAUUGACAUUGCAAAAUCUACAGCACUUUAGUUUGCACUUCAGCAAACUAAGGUGCUGUAGAUUUUUGGUGUGUUCCUUAAAGGUUUUUUUUCCAUAUCCCAAAUGCAGUUAUACAGCUGGCUUUGGUUUAAAGGAUCACUGUAGGAACAAAAACCAUGUCAACAUAUGAAGUGGCUAUGGUACCUACAGUGUUCUUUUAAGGGAAUUCUAGCACUCAAGCAGUAUAACCAUUGCACGUGUUUAUUAUUCACACUCAAACAUAUUUGGCCUUUUGUAACUUUAACAUUUGUUUUUUUUUUCAUUUGUGAAGACUAUAUUAACUUAUAACGCUCUUAUAUUCCCUAGAGGCAUUGAUGUAGUGAGAAACAAAAUAAAAAUGUUUGCACAGCAGAAAGUAACUCUUCCAAAAGGCCGACAUAAAAUUAUCAUCUUGGAUGAAGCAGACAGGUACCUUGUUUUUCUCUGUUGCUGCUAUUUCUGAAGUGUGUGAUGUGCUGCCCAUUCAAUGCCAUUUUUAAACCAAGUCAGUUUUCACUCUCUAACCAUUUAAUUAUGUUUCUUCUCCUCCUCAUUGCCACCCAGUUGCUAUCCCAUUUACUUUUAUCUAUCAUUUCUCCCAAUGUCCCUUCCUCUAAUCAUUAACCUUUCUCCCCAUGCUUUUUCUUCUUACUGGGUUGUAGUGAGUUCUAAACACACCUGUAUUGCUGCUUGCACCUUAGUGAUGUCAUGUAUCACUUCAGAGGCAGCCACAGGGAUGCUAUAUUUAGAACUUUCCACAGAACAGCUCUCAAAGGUUUUGCAGCUUUUUGCCGGCAUCCCUACACUCAGUAAGGCAUCCCAUGGCUCAUUUUCCACUAAUUUUGCAAGGGGCUAGUGGAAAUUUUGAUAUUUAUUUCUUAUCCAAGUAGUGAAAAUUACUGUUUCUUUUUGUUUUGCUCUUGAAGUAUGACAGAUGGAGCUCAGCAAGCAUUAAGAAGAACAAUGGAAAUUUAUUCCAAGACAACACGCUUUGCUCUUGCAUGCAAUGCUUCAGACAAAAUUAUAGGUAUUUUCCACUUUUUAUUUUCUGUUUUUAUUUCAUUCAGGCAGUAAUUACUGAGUUAGCACUCUGACCACUUUUUCUUUUUACUUCUAGAACCCAUCCAAUCUCGUUGUGCUGUACUUCGCUACACAAAACUGACAGAUGCACAGGUUCUCGCAAGGUUGAUGACUGUUGUGGAGAAGGAAAAUGUUCAGUGUACUGAUGAUGGCUUAGAAGCCAUUGUGUUCACUGCACAAGGUGAUAUGAGACAGGUAGUUAAUGGGGGUUUCUUUUUACAUUCUUAUUUGGAAUCUGCAUACUGUAAGCUUGAAUUUAUUAUUUGUGUUUUGUACUAUGGAUUUGAACUUUCUGUUGCAAAAAUUCAUUUUAAAGUGUUGAUGUGUAAUAGCUGACAUGAGAGCCGAGAGUACAAACAGUCUUACGGCUCAAAGCCUAAGAAAGUAGUAUAUGAUGAUAAAGGGGAAAUCACAUAAGCUGUAGUGGCCAACUUUAUGAAAAAGUACAUAAGGAAACAUAAGUAAACCCUCGAAUUUACAGUAACACAAAACACCAUAUUUUGUGUGCAAAAUCUGUGAUAAAAUGGCCAAGUGAAAACACUUAAUAUUGGGUAGCUGAAACGGUAUUAUUUGAAAAUGGUAAGACAUGAAAGGGAUAAAGUGCAACUGGGAGCUUGUAUUUUGUCCCAAAACUUUUGCAAGUUAAUACAUCAAGGACCAUACAAAAACCUGCUAAAGAGUAUCCAUGGAACAUAAGAUGCCAUCUAAAAUUCAGUCAAUAAAACAUUUGUAUCUCACUUAGAGCAUUCUGGCUUUGUAUAUAAUACUUUCUUUACCUUUUUAUUUUCUUUCAGGCAUUGAAUAACUUGCAAUCUACACAUGCUGGGUUUGGCUCUGUUAACAGUACUAAUGUGUUUAAGGCAAGUGAUUUAACAUUCAAAUACGGUUGUGUUGAUCAGAUUGUUAUUGGUUGCAUGCAUUAUUCAUGUACAUAGAAAGAUGGAGUAAAGACACAAUAUGCAUCUAACUAAAUUAUUGCUUAUUAAGUAUUAUCUAUAUCAAAUUACGACCUAACAUAACCUGGGAAAGAUGUUUAUAAAAAAUAAAGGGAAAAUUGUAGUCCUGACUGUUUUUAACCCCUUAAGGACCGAGGACGGUUCAGGACCGUCAUCUGCAUUUUUGCGUUGCCGACCGAUGACGGUCCUGAACCGUCCUAACGGUCAGAGCUACUUACCUGAUCGCCAUCGUUCCCCCGGCGGCGAUCAGCGUGGCUCCGGUUGUGGGGAGACUGCCUGCAGCCCAGACAGUCUCCCCACGGCAGAUUAGGACCCCUGUGGUCAUGUGAUCGCUAAACACAGCGAUCACAUGGUCACAAUAGGUGUCCAUGUGUCUGCCUGCAGGGGGACUGUCUGUGCUGACAGGCAGUCUCCCUGCUAGUGUAAAAUCAAAAAAAAAAAAUAAAGUUAAUGUUAAUAAAAAAUAAAUAAAUAAUUAUAUAUGUGUAUAUAUGAUAUAUAGACAUAUAUUAUAUGUAUAUAAUAUGUCUAUAUAUCAUAUAUAUAUAAUGUCAUACUAAGUGUAUUUUUAUAUUAAUAUGUACUUAUAUUAAUAUAAAAAUACACUUAUAAUUAAAUUACACACGUAUAUAUAUAAUAUAUAUAAUAACUAUAUAUAUUGUAUAUAUAAAAUAUAAAUAAUAAGUAAUUUAAAUUAAAUAAUUUUUUUUUUAAAUAAUAAUAAAAAAUUAAAAAAAAAUUAUAUAGUAUAUGAAAUUUUAUUCUAACUGUAUUUUAAAAUUAAUAUAUAUAUAUUUAUAUCAAAAUACACUUAGAAUGAAUUUGUAUAUAUAUCUAUGUAUAUAAAAAUAAAUAAGAAAUAUACAUACGUCCAUAUACAAAAUUACAUAAAUAAUUAUAUAAAUAUACACGUAGACUUCAAAUAUAUAAAUAUGCAUAUAUAUUUAAAUUCUACGUGCGUAUUUAUGUAAUAUUUUUACAUAAUUCAGUAAUUUUAUUGAUUGCAAUUUGAGGGACCUGCCUGCCAACCCAGGCCGAAAUUCCAGAGAAUUUAAUUUGCUAGCACUGUAUUUUACCCUGUAACGUUCUACGACACCCUAAAACCUGUACAUGGGGGGUACUGUUUUACUCGGGAGACUUCGCUGAACACAAAUAUUAGUGAUUCAAAACAGUAAAACAUAUCACAGCGAUGAUAUUGUCAGUGAAAGUUACUUUUUUUGCAUUUUUCACACACAAACAGCACUUUUACUGAUGAUAUAAUUGUUGUGAUACGUUUUCCAGUUUUUAAACACUAAUAUUUGUGUUCAGCGAUGUCUCCCGAGUAAAACAGUACCCCCCAUGUACAGGUUUUAUAGCAUUUUUGAAAGUUACAAGGUCAAAUAUAUGGGUCAAAUAUUUUUACAUUGAAAAUGGCCAGGUUGGUUACGUUGCCUUUGAGAGCGUAUGGUAGCCCAGGAAUGAGAAUUACUCCCAUGAUGGCAUACCAUUUGCAAAAGAAGACAACCCAAGGUAUUGCAAAUGGGGUAUGUCCAGUCUUUUUUAGUAACCACUUGGUCACAAACACUGGCCAAAAUUAGCGCUCAAUUUAGUUUUUUUACUUUUUUCACACACAAACAAAUAUGAAUGCUUACUUUGGCCAGUGUUUUCGACUAAGUGGCUACUAAAAAAAAGACUGGACAUACCCCAUAUUGAAUACCCUGGGUUGUCUACUUUAAAAAAAAUAUGUACAUGUGGGGUGUUAUUCAGAGAUUUAUGACAGAUAAUAGUGUUACAAUGUCACUAUUGAUAAAUUUUAAGAAUGUAUGUUUUGAAACCGCAAUAUCCUACUUGUACCUAUAGCCCUAUAACAUGCAAAAAAAAAAGCAAAAAAGCACGUAAACACUAGGUAUUUUUAAACUCAGGACAAAAUUUUGAAUCUAUUUAGCAGUUUUUUUCAUUCGCUUUUGUAGAUGAGUAAAAGAUUUUUCAAGUAAAAGUCAAAAAACAUGUAUUUUUUUCAAUUUUUCAUCAGAUUUUUGUAUUUUUUUUAAAUUAAAAUACAUGAGAUUAUAUAAAGGUAUGUAAAGAAAGCCCCUUUUGUCCUGAAAAAAACAAUAUAUAAUUUGUAUGGGAACAGUAAAUGAGAAAGCGGAAAAUUACAGCCAAACACAAACACCACAAAAGUGUAAAAAUAUGCCUGGUCGCAAAUGUACAACAUCGCAAAAACAGUCCAGUCCUUAAGGGGUUAAAGGAUCACUAUGGUGUUUGGAAUACAAACAUGCAUUUUUAAUGCUAUAGUGUCCUGUUAACUGUUUAGGUUACCAGCCUGCAAUGUAAGCAGUGAAAAAGCUCCUUUCAGCCCUUGAAGUGUCAUUCUCCACACUGCUCCCUGGCUGAGUUUAUCAAGAAUGAGGAUCUCAACCAAUCCAUUCCUUACCCAUAGGGCAAAUUGCCAAUUAAAUAUUCUCACAUAGUUACAGUUAUAGGCUAAAAAGAGACCUCAGUCUUUCUUACAUUUAUUUUUGCUGUUGAUCCAAAAAAAGAAAAGCAAACAAACCCAGUUUGUAGUGCUUUGCAAUUUUGCCUAAAACUAGGGGGGGAAUCCCUUCCAAACCCCAGAAUGGCAGUCAAAUCUCUCAUUGGAUCAAGAAGCUGUUACCUGACAUAUUAAAAAAAGUGUAUUCCUGAAUAUUAUUUUUUUGCAAGUAUUUAUCCAGUUGCUGCUUAAACAUCUCUACUGACUCUGAUGCUUAAGACACAAGUGGUUUUGUUAGUAUCCCUGUAGGAACCAACCUGGGAUAUCAGUAAAUUCUAGACUAAUGGGGAAACCCUGUUCUAGGUGACAAUUAUGAUCGUAUUCUCCAUUAUUUUAUCAAGAAUGCUUGUAAUACUAAUGUAUAUUCAAAUAAUGUUUUAAACCUCAGUAGUCGCAGUACGGGGACAUCAUGUUAAUGAUAUUUGUGUGAGAUAAACUCUGCUAUGACUCUAUUGUUUCUCACUGAUUUCUCGUUGAUUAAUCAAUCGUUCUAAUGCACAUUUAAAGGUGAACCAUCACUCUGGAAAAUUGCACCAAGGAAUGAAACUUAGAAUGUCCUGUAUUAACUGUAAUGGGAAUUUUCACUUUCUUUAAUUGUGUAGUAGAUAUAGUAUAUUUAGCAAAUUAUCUCACAAAUCACUUCAGUCCAUGCACAGCCAGUGAGCAUAUUGCUAAUGAAGGAAAUUAAAGAGAAACAUUGUUUCAUUUCUCCUCUUUUCUAUGCUUUCUCUCUGCAAAUGGUCAAGUGCAAUAGAUAGAGCUUACAACAAUUCUAUUCACAAAUGGAAGAGGGCAAUGUACACACCAAAAAGGGCUACUCCGUGUUAGGAGGGCCAAAAUCUUAGAGCUUAUAACAAUCACUGAUAGAAAACUCUGAAGGGAGGUGCCUAGCUGCAGGGUAAAGUCGUGUGGUUUUCUACAUUUCAUUUUAUUUUUGUCAAAUUGCAAAUACAUACCGGCUAUUAAAUAUAGGGCAUAAGUAAACAUAAGAUGAAAUUUGGGAAGUGACUCUGUAUCGGUUCAGUAUAUCUGGAUAACCCUUGCACCAUAGGGCAACCUACUUUAAAUCCUUUUUGAUCUGAUGCUCUGCUUAUCUGACUGAAGACCAUAGGUAAUUUAUUGGAAGUGUCUUAAAGCACAUUUUGUGAUGUGCCGUGCUUGUGCAAGAUGAUGGGAUUACAAAAUACGCACAUACUCUCCGUUACUUGUAUGGUCUUUGGUGGGAUUAGUGGUGCUGUCAACAAAACAACCUAAAGAUGGCUAAUUGCAUAUAGCUAGGGUAAGUGGAUAUAUUCACUGAAAAGAGGUACAGUGGGACCUCGGUUUACAAAUUUAAUGCAUUCUCCGGGACAUUUCUUAUUGCAAAAAAUGUGUAAACCGAAACGCGGUUUUCCAUAGGAAUGCAUUGAAAACCAAUUAAUCCGUUCUGGAGCUCAGAAAAAAGUAAAGAUGAGCUGGCAUGGAAACCAACCCACAAUGCAGAACACACAAUAAAAGACAUCCAAACGACGAAACUCAGCUCCCUACCUUUCCACAGCUUGAGAAAUGCACCAAAAAGUCCCAACACAACUGCAAACAAUUUCCAGAAUGGCUCCAAAACUCGAUGCAAAAGCCGCUCCAACACCUCCACACUCUACGCCACGUGCUACCCACAGGCUCCAGCAUGCAGGGGGCGGUGCAAUAAACCUCCCAGGUGCAAUGCAUCCUGAGGAAACUUGUUUUGUAUUGCGAAACAAACUUGUAAACCGAGGCAUUAUUUUCAAUGGAUUUUCAUUUGUAAACCGAAAAUUAUGUUAACCGAGGCGUUUGUAAACCGAGGUCCCUCUGUAUAUAUGUAUAAGUACACAUUACUAUAUGAUGUUUUAUCUUUUAUUUUAAAUGAUGAAAAACCAUUGUCAUUGUUUAUCAGUUGACUAAUUGCUGUCAAGACGUUUCAUUUUUAGCAUAUUUGUUUUUUUUUAGCUAUGUAUAACAUGUGACCUGUUAACCUUUCACGUUAAUCCGACAGUGCUAAGUGCAUUAAGUAAUUUGAGAAUAUAUGCUUAAAAGCUUUAUUUAAAAAAAAAAAAAAAAUCCCUACCCUUAUUUUUAUGAUUAAACCCCUGUUUAAAAAGUUAAAGUUGUGGUAUCAAAAUAUAAAUAAUCUUAUGUAUACAGAGCCAAAGUGUUAGGUCACUUGGUUAGUGAACAUGCUGUUGUAUAUGUUCAAAUGUUCUUUUGCUUUUCUAGCUUUAGAAAAUUAUGACCGUAAAAUUCAGCAUUAAACUGUUGUAUAUUUCCUGCAUAUAUUUGAAAUGAUAGAAACCUCACUGUGUGCUUUCUGGUGAAGAACGUUGAAUAUUCUAUGUUCUGUUGCUACAUGUCUAACAGUUUGUCUCUUGUCUUUCUAGGUAUGUGAUGAACCUCAUCCAUUACUGGUGAAAGAAAUGUUACAGCACUGUGUGAAUGCAAAUAUAGAUGAAGCAUAUAAGGUAUGCAUUUUUCAUGCAGGAGUGAUUGUUUUUUUUUAUAUAUCUAUAUAUUACAAAUAUAUUUUUUAAAAAUCACCAUAUGUAUAUUUUUAUAGCAGUGAUUCUGUAGUAGGUUUAUAUAUAUAUAUAUAUAUAUAUUAUAACAGAAGAGUGUCACAGUUACAUGUACUGUGUGAGCAACAAAAUGUAUUACAUAUUUACGGUAAUUUUCAAGGCAAUAGCAUUUGGGUGCAAUGCACAAAUUUGAGCUUUAAACUUCUAAAAUAUUUUAUUACAUGAAUCUGUAUCUAUUUCUGGGAGGUUACUAUUUUUUUAUUUUUUUUUUAGAUAGUGGCUCAUCUGUGGAAACUUGGGUAUUCUCCUGAAGAUAUCAUAGGCAAUAUUUUCAGAGUGUGCAAGACUUUUCAAAUGCCUGAAUACCUCAAGCUGGAAUUUAUAAAGGUAAGACUGCACAUGGCCAAUAUGUGGUUGUGAUUUAAACUUUAUGGAACUGUUCAAUUCGCUGUCACAAACAUGAAAAAUAAACCUUUCGUCCAGGGUUUGUCGGUAUCCGUGGAACAGAAUUUUCCAUGAAUAAAUACUAAACUGUUGGUGUGCCUUGAUUGGACUGUGUUGGAAACCAGUGUUGUAAUAGUUAAUAGAAACCUACCUCUAUACAUCUAAUGCAACGUUAACCCUUCUUACUUAUGUCUGCUUUUUGUAUACAAGCAGGUUGCAUCUCAUGUCAAGGCAGUACAUGAUUGUGGAAUGCAAAAAUUUUGAUCCACUUAGUAUUUCCUUUUAACACAUAUUUUACGAGUGUUGCAAAUGUGUUUUGUCUCCACAUGCAAAUAAAAGCUUUAUUAUAAGAAAUAAUUGUAAAAUAUUUAUAUUUUAAUAUGCAGGAAAUUGGUUACACACACAUGAAAGUAGCUGAAGGCGUCAACUCUCUCUUACAAAUGGCUGGACUUCUAGCUCGACUUUGUCAGAAGACUGCAACAACGUCAAGAUGAAAUGCAUAGUGGGGCAGUAUUUCUCUACGUUUUUGUCUUUUGCUGGGUUUUUUUUUUUGUUCUUCCACAUUGCAUUAUUUUCAUUUUUUUUUAUAUAUAUAUUUUUAUUGUGAAAUCUUUCCUUUGUAAUGUUUAUAUGCUAAGAAUGUAAAAUAAAAAAG